GUCAACCGAGUCUUGAACAGUGUGUUACGAAUUGGUGAACGUUUAGUAACGCCGACCGACGCUCGAUCGUACGGAUCUAGAUAUUUUUCUCCGGCUAAAAGGAAAAGAAGAAGAAUAAUGAAUCACUUGUGCUGCAUUGGUAUUACCCUAGCAGCGAGGAUCAUUGCAGCAUUGGGACUGUCAACAUCGAUUCUCAUGAUAAAUGUCUUGGUGAGUGAAUUCGUUUCGAGAGGCGACGAACAGGAAUUCUUCGAGGCAAUUGAAACGUGGGCUCUGCUGGGUCUCCAUUGGACGGAGUUCGUCAAGAAUGCUCAAAUACCAAAACAAGCCCAGAUGAUUCUCAUUUGCUUCCUGGGAUACUCGUUCCUAUUUCUCAUUUCCAGUACUUUACUGGCACUUGGAACUCUAUACAGAAAACCCAAAUGUACUCUUCCGUGGCUCUAUCUACAGAUGAUUAGUAUUGUUGAUCAAACAGUGGCAUUGACUCUUCACCUUGUCCGUCCUCCUCCUCGUCACAGUACUGACAAAUUCCAGUGGUACAUACCUGUAUCCAGUAUUUAUUUACUCAUUACAGUAUACUUUUGGAUAAUUGUGUUUGCUGCCCGUGAAGACUGGAUUAUUCGCCCACGACGUAAUUCCACUUUUAUUUAUUACGAAACAUCCGAAGAAACCCCCUCAAGGGACUCAAAUUUGCCAAAGACCCCAUCAUUCGUCGCCCAAAAUCUCAAUAGUUACGAGCACGAACCACACAUACCGCCCAUACCACCAAAGUGUGACGUAGCAUAAUUAUUCAUUCACACUAGAGUAUUGUUUUGAAUUUUCAAGGCUCGUGCCCUGUUCUGCGCUCUCUAUUCCCAGUAUUUUAUAAUUGUCCUCUCGAUUGUAUCGCAGCGAAUCGGCCAAUCGAGUUUUAUUUAUUCCCCUUUCCCAUAUUGAAUAAUGAUUUUCCAGUGACUGUUGUAAUGUACGUGCAUUGUCGACCAAAUAAAAUAUGAUGACAAGUGAAAUAUCUUGACU